AAAGCCGCCGUCUCUCCCUUUACCGUCCUCUGACAGCGCCCGCGGCGAAGCAGGUCCCUUCCGUUCGAGCCACAGGCGCGGUCCUCGGGCCGCGUGAGCAGACGUGUGGCCAGACCCCACUGAUGAUAGCCGCUGAACAAGGCAGCCUGGAAAUCGUGAAAGAAUUAAUUAAGAAUGGAGCUAAUUGCGAUCUGGAAGAUUUGGAUAACUGGACAGCCCUGAUCUCGGCAUCGAAGGAAGGGCACAUGCACAUCGUGGAAGAACUGCUGAAAUGCGGGGCCAACCUGGAGCACCGCGACAUGGGAGGAUGGACCGCUCUCAUGUGGGCGUGUUACAAAGGCCGCACCGAAGUGGUCGACUUGCUGCUUUCUCACGGUGCCAAUCCGAGUGUCACCGGUUUGCAGUACAGUGUCUACCCCAUUAUCUGGGCAGCAGGGAGAGGCCACGCCGAUAUAGUGCAUCUUUUACUGCAGAAUGGUGCUAAAGUCAACUGCUCUGAUAAGGUGGGGCGACUGGCCUCUGGGGCAGCGCCUCACGUGGACCACGUCGUCAAAGUCAGGCACGGCUUCUCGUGCGCUUCGGAUGAAUGCUACUCCUCGAGUGGGGACACUGUGUUGAUUGGCGCUGUCAGAGGUGGUCACGUGGAAAUUGUUCGAGCGCUUCUCCAGAAAUAUGCUGAUAUAGACAUCAGAGGACAGGACAACAAAACCGCUUUGUACUGGGCUGUGGAGAAAGGCAAUGCGACGAUGGUGAGAGACAUCUUACAGUGCAACCCUGACACCGAGAUCUGCACCAAGGACGGCGAGACCCCACUUAUAAAGGCCACCAAGAUGAGGAAUAUCGAAGUGGUGGAGCUGCUGCUGGAUAAAGGGGCGAAGGUGUCGGCCGUAGACAAGAAAGGAGACACGCCUUUGCAUAUUGCUAUUCGUGGGAGGAGUCGGAAGCUGGCAGAACUUCUCUUGAGGAAUCCCAAGGACGGAAGGUUACUUUAUAGACCCAACAAGGCAGGCGAGACUCCCUACAACAUUGACUGCAGCCAUCAGAAAAGUAUCUUAACUCAAAUAUUCGGGGCCAGGCACUUGUCUCCUACCGAAACGGACGGUGACAUGCUUGGCUACGACCUGUACAGCAGCGCCCUGGCCGACAUCCUGAGCGAGCCGACCAUGCAGCCGCCCAUCUGCGUGGGGCUGUACGCGCAGUGGGGCAGCGGCAAGUCCUUCUUGCUCAAGAAACUAGAAGAUGAAAUGAAGACCUUUGCAGGACAGCAGAUCGAGCCUCUCUUCCAGUUCUCCUGGCUGAUAGUACUGCUGACCCUGCUGCUCUGCGCAGGGCUCGGCUUGCUGUUCGCUUUUACAGUGGACCUGAGUCUUGGAGUAGCAGUAUCGUUGAGCUUCUUGGCUCUCUUAUAUAUAUUUUUUAUUGUCAUUUACUUUGGUGGCCGGAGGGAAGGCGAGAGUUGGAACUGGGCCUGGGUCCUCAGCACCAGGUUGGCGAGGCACAUUGGCUACUUGGAGCUGCUGCUCAAGUUGAUGUUUGUGAACCCGCCGGAGCUGCCGGAACAGACCACGAGGGCUUUGCCCGUGAGGUUUCUGUUUACAGAUUACAACAGGCUGUCGAGCGUAGGCGGAGAAACGUCGAUGGCUGAGAUGAUCGCGACUCUGUCGGACGCUUGUGAGAGAGAGUUUGGCUUUUUGGCAACCAGACUCUUUCGAGUGUUCAAGACUGAAGAUUCGCAGGGCAAAAAGAAAUGGAAGAAAACGUGCUGCCUCCCGUCCUUCGUCAUCUUCCUCUUCCUCUUCGGCUGCAUUAUCGCCGGGAUCGCCCUCCUGGCCAUCUUCAGGGUUGACCCGAAGCAUCUGACCGUGAACGCCGUCCUCAUAUCCAUCGCGUGCCUCGUGGGGCUGGCCCUGGUGCUGAACUGCCGCACGUGGUGGCAGGUGCUGGACUCCCUCCUGAACUCGCAGAGGAAGCGCCUCCACAGCGCCGCCUCCAGACUGCACAAACUGAAAAGUGAAGGGUUCAUGAAGGUUCUCAAGUGUGAAGUGGAGUUGAUGGCCAGGAUGGCGAAGACCAUCGACAGCUUCACUCAGAACCAGACAAGGCUGGUGGUCAUCAUCGACGGCCUGGAUGCCUGUGAGCAGGACAAAGUGCUCCAGAUGCUGGACACUGUCCGAGUUCUGUUUUCAAAAGGCCCAUUCAUUGCCGUUUUUGCAAGUGAUCCACAUAUUAUCAUAAAGGCAAUUAACCAGAACCUCAAUAGUGUGCUUCGUGACUCCAACAUAAACGGACACGACUACAUGCGCAAUAUAGUUCAUUUACCCGUCUUCCUGAACAGUCGCGGACUGAGCAAUGCGAGAAAAUUCCUUGUAACUUCAGCGACAAAUGGGGACAUCCCGUGCGCAGAUACUACAGGGAUGCAGGAGGAUGCCGACAGAAGAGUUUCACAGAACAGCCUCGGAGAGAUGACUAAACUCGGCAGCAAGACAGCCCUUAACAGACGGGACACGUACCGCAGACGGCAGGUGCAGAGGACCAUUACCCGGCAGAUGUCCUUCGACCUCACGAAGCUGCUGGUGACCGAGGACUGGUUCAGCGACAUAAGUCCUCAGACUAUGAGAAGGUUGCUUAACAUUGUCUCUGUGACAGGGCGAUUACUGAGAGCCAAUCAGAUUAGUUUCAAUUGGGACAGGCUUGCUAGCUGGAUCAACCUUACUGAGCAGUGGCCAUACCGAACUUCAUGGCUCAUACUAUAUUUGGAAGAGACUGAAGGGAUUCCAGAUCAGAUGACCCUGAAAACCAUCUAUGAAAGGAUAUCAAAGAAUAUUCCAACAACUAAAGAUGUGGAGCCAUUGCUUGAAAUAGAUGGAGAUGUAAGAAACUUUGAGGUGUUCUUGUCUUCACGGACCCCAGUUCUCGUGGCUCGGGACGUAAAAACCUUCCUGCCGUGCACCGUAAACCUAGACCCCAAACUACGUGAAAUUAUUGCAGACGUGCGAGCUGCCAGGGACCAGAUUAACAUCGGAGGCCUCGCCUACCCCGCGCUGCCUUCGCACGAAGCGCCUCCUAGGCCCCCGUCCGUGUGCUCGUCGUCCACCUCCUUCACCGGGCCCUUCGGAGGGGGGGUUGUGUCCCCGCAGCCGCACAGCAGCUACUACAGCGGGAUGACCGGGCCGCAGCACCCCUUCUACAACAGGCCAUUCUUUGCCCCCUACCUUUACACGCCAAGGUAUUACCCUGGCGGCUCCCAACACCUCAUCUCACGUCCGUCAGUAAAAACGAAUUUGCCCAGAGAUCAAAGCAAUGGCCUAGAAGUUAUCAAGGAGGAUGCUGCUGAGGGGCUGCCUUCGCCCACAGACUCCUUGAGGCCGUGUGCCUCUGGGGUUAACAAGCAAAGGCAGGGGUCGGGCCCAGCCCCGGGAGCGGUGGCGUCACUGAAUUCAAUGACCGUGGAUGCGGUGUGCGAGCGGCUGAAGCAGAUCGAAGGGCUGGACCAGAGCGUGCUGCCGCAGUACUGUGCGACCAUCAGAAAGGCAAACAUAAAUGGCCGUGUGUUAGCUCAGUGUAACAUUGAUGAACUGAAGAAGGAGAUGAAUAUGAAUUUUGGGGACUGGCAUCUUUUUAGAAGCACAGUCCUAGAGAUGAGAAAUGCCGAGGCCCAGGUGGCCCCUGACGACUCGCGGUCGCUUACUGAGAACAGCGGCGGCCCGGUUCCGCACGGCGAGUCUGCCCGUCGCUCUUCCCACAACGAGUUGCCUCACACUGAGCUUUCCGGCCAGACCCCCUACACGCUGAACUUCAGCUUUGAGGAACUGAACGCCCUUGGCCUGGAUGAAGGCGCCCCACGUCACAGUCACCUAAGUUGGCAGUCACAAACUCGCAGAACCCCAAGUCUUUCGAGUCUCAAUUCCCAGGAUUCCAGUAUUGAAAUUUCAAAGCUUACUGAUAAGGUGCAGGCCGAGUAUAGAGAUGCCUAUAGAGAGUACAUUGCUCAGAUGUCUCAGUUAGAAGGGGGCACGGGCUCUGCCACCAUCAGCGGCAGGUCUUCCCCACAUAGCACGUGCUACCUGGGUCAGAGCUCCUCAGGGGGCUCCAUUCACUCUAAUCUAGAACCAGAAAAAGGGAAGGAUAGUGAACCAAAGCCAGAUGAUGGAAGGAAGUCAUUUCUAAUGAAGAGGGGGGACGUUAUCGAUUACUCUUCAUCAGGAGUUUCCACCAAUGACGCCUCCCCCCUCGAUCCUAUCACUGAAGAAGAUGAGAAAUCCGACCAGUCUGGCAGUAAGCUUCUCCCAAGCAAGAAGUCCUCAGAAAGGUCCAGUCUCUUCCAGACAGAUCUGAAGCUUAAGGGAGGUGGACUGCGCUAUCAGAAACUUCCCAGCGAUGAAGAUGAGUCGGGGACGGAAGAAUCAGAUAAUACUCCGCUGCUCAAAGAUGACAAAGAGAAGAAGGGUGAAGGGAAAGUAGAGAGAGUAUCCAAGUCUCCAGAGCACCCGGCUGAGCCGAUGAGAACCUUCAUUAAAGCGAAAGAGUACUUGUCAGAUGCCCUCCUUGACAAAAAGGACUCGUCCGAUUCGGGAGUGAGAUCCAGCGAAAGUUCCCCCAAUCACUCUCUUCACAAUGAAGGGGCCGACGACUCCCAGCUCGAAAAGGCGAAUCUCAUCGAGCUUGAAGACGACGGCCACAGUGGGAAGCGGGGAAUACCGCGUAGCCUGAGCGGCCUGCAAGAUCCCAUUGUUGCUCGGAUGUCCAUUUGUUCCGAAGACAAGAAGAGCCCGUCCGAAUGUAGCUUGAUCGCCAGCAGCCCCGAGGAAAACUGGCCAGCCUGUCAGAAAGCCUACAACCUGAAUCGAACACCCAGCACCGUCACUCUGAACAACAACAGUGCGCCAGCUAACAGAGCCAAUCAGAAUUUUGAUGCAAUGGAAGGUGGGAGGGAGACCCCCCAGGUCCUUCUGCGGCCCGCUUCCAGUCCCACCCCGACUGCCGUUCAGAACGAAAACCUGAGAAGCGUGACGCAGAAGCGAAGCCAACGCCCAAGCUACUCGAGGCUCUCCAAGGGCUCUUCGGAGCUGCUCGCGGCGGCCUCCUCGGACGGCACAGGCUUUGCAGAGGAGAGGGAGAGCGUUCUGUAAGGGGAGAAGGCGCGGGCAGAGGAGCGGCGCUCUACAUCCGUGUGUGCCAUCUCUGUGCGCUUUAUGCACAAAUGAACGAACGGGAAGGCCUUUGAUAAAAGAAACAUGCACGACAACGGAGGAAAGUGCCGGAGAGGGUGGCUCAUCGCUCACCCUCCACCUCUUCGUAAUUAGAAGCGUAGAAACGCCCCACUGUUCUAGCGCCUUUCACGGGCACACGACCCCAUGUUUCUUGUGACAAGACCUAAGUGUAAAGUUAGGUCGGAAACAUUAGAUAUAAAGGGUGUGAUUUGCCAAAGCAGAUGGACAACUAGAGCCUCCUUUUCUCCAGCAUUCCCUCAUCAACCACUCAGAGGAAGACAUGCUGCUAGAUGACCCAGAAGCAGAUUUUGCUCUUACAGGGUAAAAAAUAAGAAUUUAUAGGUUAUGGAGUAGCCCAGAGACUCAAGGUAAAUGCUCUGUAAAUUGAGAACCAGUGUUCUAUAUAAUAGACAAAUUGUUUAAUAAGGGCUUUAAAAAUUGAUAAGCUGAAUGAACAGUGCUCAAAAUAGAGCCCCAGUGACGAGACCUUUUUGAGGUCCUAGGAGAGUGGCCUAGGGGAGGGGCCUGCGGGCACCCCCUCCUCCACAUCCCCCGCCUCCACAGGCACCACCCACCUGCUCAAGAACUCGCGCUGGCCGGCCUGUGGGUCCUUUCCAUCGUGUGCCCAACCCGGCUUAGCCCCGCAGCGAGAGGGAGAAACGUGAAACCUUUCCCUGGAGGAUCAGGGAGGCAGGGGCGAUAAUAGGCACUAAUAAAUAUUCAUGGAUGAGAGAAUGAGGAAAUAAUCACAUCAGAAAGGUCAGUGUCAUGUGACAAAUGACAAGGAAAUAUUUAAUUAGGUAAAACUGAAUGACUGCCUUCUCUACCAGGGCAGAGGGUGUCUGUCUACUUCGUGGAUCCUCGGUUAGCAUGCUAAUCCUGGGGUGGGGGGGGCGGCUAGAAGAAAGGAUAUACUCUUUAAUUAAAAAGUUUAAAAAUGUAACAAAGCAAGGGUAAAAAGCAGAUGAAACUGGCGAGACUUUCCAUUUAUUGUUACCAGGGUUAAGAGAAUGAUCACAUUUAAGUACCGCACGGAUGAGAAAUUGACCUUGUCAUCAUGCGUUGAAUUUUGUUGUUGUUGUUUUCACAUAGCUUAUUUACGUAGAAUUAUUUUUGGCGGUGUAUCCUCAGUACAGAUAGGAUCGUAGAUCGUAGGUGUGCAGCUGCCCAAACCUAGUGUUACCCUCGUGAUGGCUUUCACUGAAUAGACUUUUAUCAAUGUGCUGAAUAAAUUAUUUAGUUGGCCAGUCACUGCAUUAAAUAGUUGCUGUCUGGGGGUUUCACUGCCUCGAUGUCGGAGUGUAAUCCAACAUUUCCUGAAGGUGUGUAUGUGGGGCGACUUUAACACAUGUUUUUAGCCAGUUUAAAAAAGGCAGGAUGUUACUGACAAUUAUAUAUUGCAAUGUUAGCAUUUUAGGAUUUAUAGUGUUUGUCCAUCUGCAAUAUUGUAUAAUGAGUAAUCACUGCAGAGGCCACAUUGUGUUCUCUUUCCGGUGAGUAGAUGCAGCCUAAUAUCACUGUCGUACAUUCUUUACACUUUGUGAAGCUACCCUAGAGUGUUAAGUGUACCAAUAGAUUUAGAAAACAAUAAAAAACAUGGCAUGUUA